ACACGCAGAGAGAGGGAGAGAUCCCCCUGCGCAGUACAACACGGAUAUCUGAGCUUUAUUCUUCCCUCCGCAUUUCCAGCGUGGGCGAGUAAGUGCUCCCACAUCCCGAGUGUCGCGCAAAAGAAAGUAGUGUGGCUGAUUUACAACUGGGACUAACUGGUGGGCUGAUUUGGGGUAGGUAGGGAGGGUGCGCAGUGCGCUCUAGACGCGCGCCACGAGAGCAGCGGAGCGCACUGACAGACUCCACAAGAGUUAGAGGGAUGUUUUGGCGGUUAGGAUGUGAGCCGAAAUUGUGGUAGAAUGGCCCCUCAUCUGGCGCUGACGACAGAGGGAUGGCAGCUUUUUACCACCGCCAGCACCACUUUAACCAGCACCACCACCACCAUCCGGGCGCCGACCUGCGGCGGCUCUUCCACCGGCUCACCAUCGCCUCCUCUCUGAGCAUCCUCUGUUUCUCCUUGGUGUACCUCAUCACUGGAUGCCGCGAGACGGAACUGACAGAGAACUUUGAAAUCAGGCCAUCCACGCGCGAUUUCCUUGUGUCGGGGUCAGGAUGGCCGUACGAGAGAAACAGCACUAGCGUUGCCAGGGAGGAUGCCGGCACUUUCGGCAGCGGUCAUCCUGGUCUGGAGGCAAACAGCUCGGGGAAAGAGUGGACGGCCACGCGGAGGCUACCCCAGGCUCUGAUCAUUGGGGUUAAAAAGGGGGGUACCAGGGCUCUGUUGGAGUUUCUACGGCUCCAUCCGGACAUCCGCGCCUUAGGGUCCGAGCCGCACUUCUUCGACCGGCAUUACGCACGAGGACUGGACUGGUACAGAAGUAUGAUGCCCAAAGCCCUUGAUGGUCAGAUUGUCAUGGAGAAAACACCUCGUUACUUUGUUACCAUGGACACGCCAGCACGGGUUCAUGCUAUGUCGCAUGAUGUGAAGCUAAUUGUGGUUGUCCGUGACCCCGUCACUCGAGCCAUAUCCGAUUACACGCAGAUCAUCUCCAAGACUCCAGAUAUCCCUCCUUUCGAGACCCUGGCCUUCAAGAACCGCACCACAGGUCAGAUUGACUCUCUGUGGAGCCCACUGUGGAUCGGCCUGUAUGCCCAACACAUGGAGCGUUGGCUGGCAUGGUUUCCCAGGUCUCAGAUCCAUCUGGUCAGUGGCGAGAGACUCAUCUCAGACCCGGCGGGAGAACUGGGCAAAGUCCAGGAUUUUUUAGGCCUUCAGAGGAUAGUUACAGACAAACACUUCUACUUUAACAAAACGAAAGGCUUCCCCUGCUUAAAAAAGCCGGAAGGCAGCAGUAAACCUCACUGCCUUGGGAAGACAAAAGGGAGGACACAUGUCUCCAUAGACCCAAAGGUCAUUCAGACACUGAGGGAUUUCUACAGGCCUCAUAACCAGCGCUUCUAUCAGAUAGCAGGACAGGACUUUGGAUGGCCGUGACCCUUUGUGUGUAGAGCUGAAAGCUUUUGCUGAAAGAUUUUAGGUAGAAGCCUGUUCAAAG